UAUUAUUAUCGGAAGUGGAGUAGGAGAAGGGUGUACAUCCGGCAGUGUAUUGUGGGAGUGGUUACAGGGCACAGGCUUGUGAGGUUAUUCUAUAGCUGGGUACAAAUACCGGCUUAGGCCUGAAGAUGGAUCUCAGGCUGUUAGCCAUGUGCGUUGCGCUGUGCGUUGCCCACGCCGCCGGCAAGCCCAUGGAGAAGAAAGACCGCGUCCACCACGACCCGCAGCUGAGCGACAAGGAGCACGACGACGCAGAGAGCUUCGACUAUGAUCACGACGCCUUCCUGGGUCAGGAGGAGGCCAAGACCUUCGAUCAGCUCACCCCCGAAGAGAGCAAGGAGCGGCUGGGGAAGAUUGUCGAUAAAAUUGAUGAAGACAAAGAUGGAUUUGUUACAACCGAAGAGAUGAAGAAGUGGAUCAAGUUUGCGCAGAAACGCUGGAUUUACUAUGACGUGGACCAGCAGUGGAGGGGACAUGACCUUAACGAGGACGGAUUGGUCACAUGGGAGGAGUACAAGAAUGCCACAUAUGGCUACGUCCUGGAUGACCCAGAAUCUGAGGACAGUUUCAACUACAAGCAGAUGAUGUCCAGAGAUGAGAGGCGCUUCAAAAUGGCAGACAAAGACGGGGACCUCAUCGCGAACAAGGAGGAGUUUACUGCCUUUCUGCACCCAGAGGAGUAUGACUACAUGAAAGACAUUGUAGUGGUGGAAACCAUGGAGGACAUUGACAAAAAUGGAGAUGGAUUCAUCGACCUGGAAGAGUACAUUGGGGACAUGUACAAUCACGAGAGCGACCCAGACGAGCCGGAGUGGGUCAAGUCGGAGCGGGAGCAGUUCGUUGAGUUCCGAGACAAGAACAAGGACGGGAAGAUGGACAAGGACGAAACCAGGGACUGGAUCCUCCCCUCGGAUUACGACCAUGCUGAUGCAGAGGCAAAACACCUGGUGUAUGAGUCAGACGCAGACAAGGAUGGACAACUCUCUAAAGAAGAAAUAAUCAACAAAUACGACCUGUUUGUUGGAAGCCAAGCGACAGAUUUCGGGGAGGCCUUAGUACGGCACGACGAAUUUUAAACCAUUCUAGAUAGGAACAAUUUUUAAUUUUGAUUACAUAAUUUAUUUUAUAUUUUUUCAUCUACCAUCAAGACUGCUAUAUAAUUAUCAUUUUUUGUGUGUUUGUUUUGUUGCAAAAGAGUUUUAUUUUUGUUGUUUUAUAAAAUUAAUUUCUGUAGUGCAUUUUUGUUUUUCUUGGUUGGUCUGAUUUUGAACAAUGUAUUUUUGGCAUGUGCUUGGCUGAAAGGCACGGUCUGUGUAUGAACUUUAUAACGAACACUCAAAUGCACUGUUUACCAUGGAGAGUUCCUGAAUGUGAAGACUGAGAUGCUGGAUGCAUUGAACUCAGACCAAACACGAGGGGAGUCGGAGCUGAGCAACACUGAGGGGAUUGCUUCACUGAUAGAAGCGGGAACGGCCAGUCUCUCUCUUCUCUCACUUGAAAGGGCUCCUGGGAUUUGGUGUUUGUUUGACAGUCAUUCCUUUUCCACGUUGAGUUUUGAAAGUUGAUGUAUCAGUGGGACAAUGACCAGCAUCCAUCAUCAACAUUCCUCUUCUGUGCCUUUAUGGUUUUUUAUGUUGAGUUAUUUAGCGUGGUUAGUAUUUUAAUUUAUAGGAACAAAUGAAGGGCAAAGGAGUUUCCUUUCUGGAGUUGGUGUAACACUUUUCAUAUAUGCAGGUUAGAGGAGCGACAGACAUUGAUCUGUCCCUUGAUAUGAAGUUCACGGUUGCACCAGAUUUUGUGGGUGGUCUUCUUCCUCAUCCCAUCCCCUAAACCCCAUGUUACCACUAUUUGUGUAAAAAAAAAUUGUUUGUUUUUUUAAACAAUAUUCAGACCUUUACCUGUAGUCUCAGUUGUCAAUAGUUACUGUAUAUACAUUGAAAUGCAAUGUAAAAAGUAUACUUUAUGGUUUAUAUGCAGAAUACCUGAACACUAAGGGUUUGAAUCUUGUUCUGUGGUAAAUAAACAGCCUGUUUCUCAAUAAAAAAAAUAAAUGUGA